GUCCACCCAACCAAGCAGUCAGCGGAAGGAUGUGAACACGUCGGAAGCUGACAGCAUUGGGAACGGACCGCGGGGAGGCUGUGAGUGGGGUCUGGUUGCUAAGUCAGAGACCCCACGGAAGCAGCGGCGCAAGCGAAGAGUUCGUGAUGAAUGGCCCAAGCUCCUUCAAAUCCUUGAAAAGGCACAGUUGAGUAGCAUGGCUGAACAUGAAAAGGAAAUCGUGGCAAUUGUCACUCAAUUGGAGCCGGAAUUGGAAGAAGGAGACCUUGCCUAUUGGCUGUGUGAUCGCAUGCUUGACCUCCUUGCCCGAGGGGCAGAGGACGCUACGGGAUGUGUGGAGGCGUGUAAGGAUGUCAUAGCGCACGCAGAGACGGGGAGGCGUCCUUCCGUUUUCCACAUAGUUAGUGCCAAUGUAACUCGGUGGAGGAGUGAGGUGAAGCAAUGGAUGGCAGAUCAACGGGCAGGGGUGGCUUUGGUACAGGAGACCCAUCUUCUGGACAAUGACGUACCUGCAGCGCACAAGGGUGCGGAGGCUGCAGGUUUCCGAAUGUGGAUGGCAAACAGCUGCCAAACCGGCCAAGGAGGCAGUAGCGGUGGGGUGGCUGUUCUGGCAAAACGCCACCUCAACUUCCGUUUCCUGGACAGUUUUCAACUGCAGGGUAAGGGGUUUGUGCUGGCAGUUGCCAGAUUUGCUGGUUCGGACAUUGUGUUCGGCAGUCUUUACCUGGAAACGGGGCAGGACAUAAGUACACCCACCAAUGCCGCCAUCUUGGCUAAAUUGGUGGCAACACUGCAAGCCUUGGCUGUGCCGUGGCUCGUGGCUGGUGACUUUAACUGUGACUUGGACACCAUUCGGCAAACCCGAAUUGCUGAAACCACGAGCGGCGCUUUCAUAGGUGCAGGGGAGGCCACUUGCAGCACAGGCGGCCAAAUUGAUUAUGUCUGGGUCCAUAGACGCCUCCAGGGACUUACGGCAGUCAGUGUUGAUUGGGAAGUUCCUUGGCGGCCGCACGCGGCACUGCGUGUUCAGCUGCAGUGGGGCGUUGGACAGCUACCAAUGCUUCAGGUUCUGAAAAAGCCGGCUGUCAGGGCCAAGAGGGAGGCGUCCUUCUCUUGGUCCCCAGCCCCUUUUGUCCGUGUCAUGUCGCAUGUGCAAAUCAACCGUCCCACCCGGUGGUUGGCAGACUUUAGCCACAGCGUUGAGUGCUCCCUUCUGGAGCAUGGGGGCGGGGGCAGGGGCUGGAACCUAGCUUGGGUGAGGAAGCCCCUUGCACCCCAGCAGCCGGAGGGCACACAGUGGAAAGGCAACCUUGCUGGUUUUUGGAACCGUCUGGGGGUUUGGUUGGUUUCUUAUCCGGGUAAUUUCCCGCCAGGGGUUAAGGCAAAGAUUAAGGAACACCUGGCCAAGGUGGCCGAAAACUGGCACGACGACAGCUUGGGCAUGACGGCUGGGGAGUUUGCGGACAGGAUGUGUCACGACUCUCCGGACGCAAGCCGGCCACAAGUGUUGGUCGAUGUGGUUAAGGCACAACUGCGGAGUGCAGUCCAGCAGGACACACAGGAACGCAACCAACGGUACCAGGCGUGGCUUACCCAGGCUACGUCUGGUCACAUGAGAGCACUUUGGCGGGCACUCAAAACCCAUGAGGCCAAAACCCAGCGUCCAUACCAGAAUCUUGGCUCGGAAGUCCGGAGCCACGCCCGUAGAGCGGGGUGGUGGGAGAUUUGGUGUGCUGCGGACACAGGCCGCGACGCUGGUCAGUUGCGUACCCUGAGCACACAGGUACGAAUGGCGGCGCAAGCGCAAUCGCAGCAGUUGCGGCCUAUCAACCUGCAAAGAGCCCAUCGCAAGUUCCGAACCAUUGCUCGUAAGGCCUGCGGGCCGGACGAAUGGACGGCUGACAUGCUGAGGGCCCUUGAUCAGGAGGCCGGGACUCUCCUAGUUGAAGAAAUGAUGCAGUGGGAGAGGGAAGGAGUCCUUCCCGACCAACUCACUAUGGUGCGAUACACACUCUUGCCCAAGUCGGCAGAGGAUGAACGGCCCAUAGGUUUGACGAGCUACCUCUAUCGGUCCUAUUGUCGUCUUCGAUGGGACCUGUACGCGCAAUGGCUUGAAGACUACCGGCGAAGUGCGCCAUGGGACCGAGCCCUUCCAGGGCACUCGUCUCUUGACACAGCGCUUGCUAGAACAGCGCGUCAUGAGGUUUGCAAGCACACGCGCAAGCAUGGGGUGACUGCCCUGGUUGACCUGUCCAGUUUUUACGAACUGGUAUCCCAUGCAGUCUUGCUGAGGGAAGGUCUUGAGAAAGGGUUCCCACCGGUUUUGCUCAAUGCCGCCGCCCAGGUUUACGGCGGAAACCGUUUCAUAGAAGCGGAAGGUGUCACUGCAGCGCCAAUUCGGACCAGUCAAGGCCUGAUAGCUGGCUGUCCACUGGCUCCAGGCUUGAGUAAGAUCAUCCUGCACAACCAAAUGCAGGAGCUUUAUGACUCAAACCUUCUCACUCACCAAGACUUGUGGAUCGACGACAUAGGACUGGAUGUAAUACAUCAGAGUCCAACGCAGGCCGCCAUUCGGAGUGUGAAAGCCUUUCGUCUUUUAAAAGCGGCACUGGAGGCGUCCUCCCUGGUUUGGUCCAGGAAAAAGACGGUUUUCGUGUGUACCUCGGGGGCAGCAAAGGCGGCAGUGGAGAGGCUCAGGACGAGCGAAGACCCGCCCAUCGCUCUCACCUCAACCGACCUUGGGUUGGAUUGUGGCGGUGGCGUCCGCCGCAGAGUGACCAAACACAGGUCGCGCCUCCACAAGGCGACAGGUAGGCAGAAGCGAUUGAGGGCCUUGGCGCCCAAAGACAGACGGGUCAAAAUCCGGAUGGUCAAAGGUUCACUGCAGCCGGUGGGCCUCUACGGCCACCAGGCAACAGGAGUCACACCACGAAGGUUUAAGUGGCUUCGUUUCCUGUAUGCUGAGGCUCUGGGUCGCAUGAAAAUAGGCUCAGUCAUUUGUGUGCUGGAGGCUAAUGCCGGCCGUACGCGCGACCCAAAGGAAGUCAUCAUGGCACAGCACAUCCAGGCACACAGCCGCAUGAUGCUGCAAUGGCCGCGGGAAGCGGAGGACAGCCUAACGAAGGCUUGGCAAUCGCUGCAACAGAGUCUCAGUGAAACCCGUUGGCCUUGGCAAAAGGUGACUGGGCCUUUGGGGGCCAUGGUGACUUACCUGAAAGAACUGGGCUGGGAAGCGCAAGGGCCCCGGCACUGGUCAAUCAGCGAACGGACGUAUGACGUGGCCUCCGCCGAGGGGCUCCAUGCAGUGGUGUGGCACCUCAAAAACGCGAUACAGAAGCAGAGGUGGACAGCGGUUGCUGCCACGCCGGGAGCAGAGGAUGCCGUCAACGGCAUUGAUUGGCAAGCCGCCAACAAGGCAGUCAAACACCUCGCUCCUCUGGAGAAGACAGCUGUGCAGACUCUGUGGCAGGCAGCGCUCAAAGCAGGCACUGCCUCCUCCGAGUAUCCUGUCAAUGCAGAUGUGACGGAUGUCCGUUUUGCCACGGACGCCACAGGCCGAAUCCAAGUGGUGGGGUCCAUCACGGGAGCUGUGUCCUAUGAACAGACAGUUUUCCGCGGCGAGGCUGCGGCGGUCUGCGAGACUGUACAGGCACACCCUGGAGAGGACGAGCUGGACAUCACUUUGGACUGCGAAGGCGUCCUUCGCAGGAAGGCCUUCGGGGCAAAGUUUGGGCAUGACGAGGAAUGGCGGCGACAGGCAAACUUUGUGGUUGAUGAGCUGGUCAAAAACCGCGCCCGGCGCAUCGCGGGGCCGACUGUACAAGCAAGUGUCCGGAUGUGGGACAAGCAGGUGCAAGAAGUGCUGCAGUUUCUGGGCCAACGGGUGUCUUUUCUCCUCACCGCGGAUGAGGCGGACAAGGCAGAGGUCCUGUUCCAACCUAAAGCUGAUAGGCUCAGUCGUAGGCAGCAGCUCGAGUUGCUCAUCCAAGAGAAAAUGCGGGGAGGAGCGGGGGGGGGGCAGGGCGGCCAAGAAAAGAAGGGCAGGAAGAAGCAGACCUUUAAGAAAAACUCGGUCAGCGAGGCGGGCAGUAGGUGGCGGUGGUGGGGGCGCUGGUUGGCGUCCAACCGGUGUCCCCCGCCGCCUGUCAUGGACGGUGAUGGGCCAGCCAUCGAGGGCACGCCGUCUGAUGACGAGCUCCGGAGGCGGCUAGCUGCCCUGAACGUGGCCCGGGAGGCCCGGGGUUUGAAGCCACGGAGCUUCAAGGAGUUUAAGAAGUCAUUCUUCCGGGCUGGCAGACGUACCCGAAAAGGGCUGCUCCUGGAGGAAUACCCGCAGGCGGAGGCGUCCUCGGCUGCGGUGGACAAAGAGGCAGUCCUGCAGGUUAGGGACACGUUGCCGCCACGGCCUCCGGCGCCCAAGAGGGCCAAGACGGAGGACGCACUUGAGGAGGUAACCCUGCGCUCAGUCUCAGCUGUUAGGAGGCAAAGGGAGACCGAAGACACCAGCCUCGAGGAGGCGUCCUCCUCUGAAAGCGUCGGGUCCCAACAAGGGCAAGAGAUAAUUCUGAGGUCCUUAUCGGAGCUCAGGGAGACUGCAGGUCAGCACAGGAGCUCAGGCAGCUCCCGAGAGGAGGCGUCCUCCUCUUGGGAGGCAGGUGGCCCAGCACCGAACUACCAUGUGCAGGUUGAGGUCCAAGCAAACCGGAGUCGGCCGAAGCUAGCACACCACUGGUUCGGCGAACGGAUCACGAUUGUCAAGGACCUGGUUCGGGGCCAGCCUUUACAGCAGGAAGUGACCCUGUACCGACUCAGCAAGGGUAACAGCCGGGUGGUGUAUGGGUGGGGACAGUUUGUGGUAAAGUUCACCACAGCGGUUUUUGACCACGGUGACGAGGAGCCACUGACGCAGCUGCUACCAGAAGUUACGGCUUCGGUGAUCCAUUUGGUCCCGGUGGUGGCCCGCAUGGGGCCCUCACGGGGGGCCGCCCGGCACAUGGUCUUUGCCCUAAUCCAACAAAGGGUGAUCAUGGCUCAGGGCUGGCUGGACAGGUUGGAUGCGGAGACGCACCGCCAUUGGCACUACUACUUAGCAUGCAUAGUUGCGUGGCUGAGCAGCAGGGGCCUAAGCCUGGCUGAUGUGACCGUUUCCAACUUGGGGCUGGAGACCCAGGAGGGACAUCUCCAGCUGUUCGACCUGGCGACCUGGAAGGUCACAGGGGUGGCCAAGUGGAGCUCUGGAUCGGGGUUCGAACGGUACCUUCGCGACCGGUGCCCAGAAGUGCUCGAGACGAUUCAACACCAAAGGGACCGCGCGCCGGAGCGAAUGUUUGAAGUCUUCGUGCAGGAAGCUGGACCUUUUGUCAAACACCUUGUGCACAAAAGGAUUGCCAGGAUGCAAAGCGGGCGCAUGGUGAUGUCUGACAACGGGAUUAUCCAGCUCAAUGCGGGAGGGCCAACGGCCGCGACUGGGUCGACUGUUUGGGACUUGCUGGGGGAUCUGCGAGAUUCUUGUGAUGUACGGGUGGUUCCGCAGGCGCUCCACGAAGCGGAGAUCGCGUCGCUGAGAAGCCUCUUUGCCGAGGAGAAGAAAGCCCUGACAAAGCAAAUUGAUGAGAAGGACAGAAUCCACCAGUCGGAGUUGGAUGCGGUCACCACGGCCAAGGACAGGCUCUUUGAGGAAACCACGCACGAGCUGGAGAGGAAACGAGAGGCGGAGAUCCACGAGAAAGACCGGCAGCACGAUGCCGACCUGCAGCAGCUGGCGACUGAGAAGGAUACCACCUGGGCACUGGCUAUGUCCAACAUGGUGGCGGAAAAG